AUGGGACAUAACUGUCCCCUCACCCAGAGUUAUUUAAAUCUUCUUGUUUUUAUUUUUGCCAUCGAGAAAAUGAAUACAAUGAAACUCAUUUUGCGAAAUAUCACACUGGGAUAUCAUAUAUUUGAUUCAUGUACAGAUGCAAGGAAAGCUGUAAAAGGUGUUCUGCAGAUUCUCUCUGGGCCAAGAAAGACCGUCCCUAAUUAUUCCUGUAUGGAUCGGAACAAACUAAUAGGUUUGAUUGGUGAUCACCAUUCAAUAACAACAAUCCCUUUAGCUCAGAUUUUGAGUGUGUAUGGCUAUUCACAGAUUAGUUAUGGGACAACAGACUAUGUUCUAAAUGAUAGACAUCUUUAUCCAAACUUUUUCAGAAUGCUUCAAAAUUACCAUGUCUAUUAUAAAAUUAUUUGCCAGCUUCUGAAGCACUUUGGCUGGACUUGGGUUGGAAUAGUGGCAUCAUAUGAUGAUACUGGAGAGACAGAAGAACUGGCUUUGAAGAAGUAUAUGGCUUAUUAUGGUAUUUGUAUGGCAUUUAAGUUGAAACUGAGUAAUUAUGCAUUAAGUCAUGCACCAGAAAAGACAAUGAGAGAAGUACAGGCUGUACAAAAUUCAUCUGCAAAUGUUAUCAUAGUUUUUGGCUCAGCUAAUUAUAUAGUUCUUAAGACAUUAGUAAUUGGACGUGACAUAUUCAAAGACAAGACAUUUGUUUUUCCUCCUUCCUGGAUGUCUAACGAUAUUCUGACAGAUUAUUCUAUAAACAUUUUUGAAGGAAGCUUGUACAUUGAACUCUAUCCUCUACCGUUACCUGAUUCUGGACGUUUUUUUGAAUAUAUACAUCCCUCAAAACGGCCAAAUGACAAACUUCUUGAAAAUAUAUGGAAAGCAGAAUUGAAAUGUUUGUCACCAAAUGCCUCUAAGAACAGAUUUUAUGAAACUGUCUAUGGAACCACUCUUAGAAAAUGUACUGGAAAGGAACCCUCAAUAAAUGCUAAAGAAAAUCUGCAUCGGGGAGUUACUCCUCGGGUGUAUUUUGCAGUCUUGGCCAUGUGUUCUGCUUUGCAAAGAUAUCUUAAAAUGCAUUUUUUUGGUGUAUCAGACAUGACGGUAUGGGAAGCUCAUAAAAGCGUCAUCAGAGGCCACCUCAUCAGAAUAGCCACCCAAAGAAAGAAAAACGCUAGCCGCCAGAUCAUGGAUCUCACACAGAAGAUCGGCGACCUGGAAUCAACCCAUAAACACGACCAACAGGAGCAGACCUACAGAGAACUAAUCUCCACCGGAAGGCAACUGGCAGAGCUACUUGAACGCAAUCACGCCAGAACGGUACAACGAUCGAGGGUAUUAUUUUACAGACACGCUAAUAAAGGGGGCAAACUCCUCGCACGGAUGCUGAGAGGCACGCAACAUAGGGCACAAGUUCACACCAUCCGAACGGCACAGGGCAAUACCAAACAGUUCCCAAAGGAAAUCGCAGACGAAUUUGAGAAAUUCUACACGAAGUUGUACAACACACGAGGAGGUGAUGACAAACAAUCCCCGACCACUAGACGGGCGGCCACAACCGCAUACCUGACCAACUUACAACAACACACCAUCACACCGGAGGAAGCAGAGGAAUUAGACUCUCCCAUCACCGAGGAGGAAAUACGGCAGGCACUAAAAACAGCAAAAACGGGGAAAGCCCCGGGACCAGACGGCUUCCCGGUGGAAUACUUUAAGAAACUCGGACACAUACUGAUACCGUACUUGACCAAGGCGCUCAACGGCAUAAGAGACGGACACGCCUUCCACAGGGAAACAUUGGCAGCCACCAUCACAGUGAUCCCCAAACCGGGGAAGAACACUGAACAAGUGGGCAACUACUGCCCAAUAUCGCUCCUCAACACAGACGUCAAACUCUUCUCCAAAAUCCUGGCUCGGAGACUUCAAACCCAGAUGACACGAUUAAUACACCCUGACCAGACAGACUUCAUACCAGGAAGAGAAGCCAGGGACUGCACCCUACGGCUGUUCGCCAUACAACACCUGGCCAAACGAACAAGGUUGAGAAUGCUGCUGCUCUCCAUGGAUGCGGAGAAAGCAUUUGAUAGGGUGGAUUGGAGCUUCAUGAUGGAAACACUACGUUCCACGGGUUUGGGCAUGGACAGUGGGUCUGAAAAAGAAACUAUUGUGGGCUUAUACACUGAAUGGCAAUCCAUAGAUCAGCAGCUCUUCAUUAUCUCCUCAAAGAUAAAAUGGAGCAACACACGCAAUCAGAUGCCAAGGUCUCAAUGCACAGAGAGCUGUUUUCCAGGCUUUAGGAACAUAUCAAGGAUUGGAGGAGACAUCUGUUGUUAUGAUUGUGUCCCGUGUGGAGAGGGAGAAAUAUCCAAUAUAUCUGACAGCGAGGAAUGCAUCAAAUGCACAGAAGAUGAAUGGCCCAAUGAAUGGAAGGAUCAGUGUAUUCCUAAAGUGGUGGAAUUUCUGUCUUACGAUAACGAUGUAAUUUCAGCUGUUUUCUCUUUUUUUUCACUUUUACUCUUCCUUAUAACAAUCGUGGUAUUAGUCAUUUAUAAUUUAUUCAAAGACACUGCAAUUGUUAAAGCCAAUAAUAGGAACCUCAGCUUCAUCCUCCUGGUCUCCAUCAUGUUGAGCUACCUCUGUGUAUUUCUGUUCCUCGGACGUCCUGUGGAUAUAACCUGCAUGCUGCGUCAAUGCACUUUUGCCAUCAUCUUCUCAAUCGCAAUUUCUUGUAUAUUGGGGAAGACUGUCAUGAUCUACAUUGUUUUCAAAGCAUCUAAACCCGGCAGUGCUUGGAGAAAGUGGGUCAAUGUAAAAGUGUCCAAUUCAGUAGUUUUGAUUUUCUCAUCAAUUCAAAUUAUAAUUAAUAUUACAUGGCUGAUUAUCUUGCCUCCAUUUCAGGAGCUAGAUAAACAUUCUUAUUCAGAAAAGAUCAUCGUUCAGUGUAAUGAAGGUUCAGUUAUUGCCUUCUACUCUGUCCUGGGUUAUAUGGGGUUCCUGGCAGCUGUUAGUUUCCUAAUAGCUUUCGUAGCCAGGACAUUACCAGACAGUUUUAAUGAAGCCAAGUACAUCACCUUCAGCAUGCUGGUGUUCUGCAGUGUUUGGAUUGCAAUGAUCCCGGCCUAUCUGAGCACCAAAGGGAAACACAUCAUUGCUGUAGAGAUAUUUGCCAUAUUGACCUCAAGUUCCGGACUUUUAGGAUGUAUAUUUUUCCCCAAAUGCUAUCUAAUUUUGUUUAGGCCAGAAAUAAAUACAAAAGCAUAUUUGCUUGGAUGUAGAACUAAAGUAAUGUAA